UAGAUCUAGAUCUAGAUCUAGAUCUACUCCUGCCACAGAUGGGUGGAUGUGAGAUAUUUUGGCAUAAAAGUUUAAGCCACAAGACAGUGUUGAAGACACUUUGAAAACAACAGAUCGUGAGCUGUAAAAUAUUGCUGAAACGGAACUCUGCCUGCUUUCCAGUACUUCCAGCAUAGUACAACAGGCUACUACUGUAUACUGUACUGUGUCAUCCUAUGUGAAGUACUUGCCCGUAAGGAAAUAUCCGUCAUCAUUAUGGCUGACCAGCUUCGUCGAGAUUUGUUGACUAAGAACUGCGUAGUUGCCAAGGAAGUGUUGGAGUGUCUGGUGAAGGAUGAUCUGGACAAGUUAAAGGAGAUGAGCUCACGCUUCUCUCAAGCUGACCUUAUUGGAGAUCGAAACGCUCAAGAGGCAGCUAAAAUUUUGUACGCCGCUGUCACGGCAGAGGCUGCGAACUGUGCGCUUUGGCUGCUCAACGACAGCGUGGAGGCAAAUCCAGACUUGUUCAAAGAUAAAAAGAAAAGAACAGCGUUGUGUGUCGCAACGGUAAAGAAUCGAGCCGAACUCCUGCAAAACCUCCUCGAGUCUGGGGCGGAUCCGAAUCAAGUGGACACCCGGGGUGUGAGCCCGCUCAUCGAAUGUGCGCGGCACGGCUACUCGGAGUGUUUGCAGCUACUGCUGCAGCAUGGCGCUCGGACAGAGGGACGCACCAAAGUCCUCCGGCACUGCGCGCUCACGGAAGCCGCCUCUGCUGGCUAUCUGCGCGAUGUGCAAAUGCUUCUCGACGCCGGGGCCGACAUCAACGCACGGACGGCGGAAAAUGAAACUGCUCUUAUGCUGGCCGCGCAUAAAGGUCGUUUUGACUGCGUCAAGGAGCUGUUGGCUCGUGGCGCCAACCACUUGUUGGAGUCGUCCCGAGGACACACAGCGCUGUUCACCGCCACUUACGGGGGGAACUUUGAGAUCGUGAGAUAUCUUCUGCAGUUUGACAACCGGCUUGAAAAGAUGGAUGGUGAUGGCAACACAGUAUUGGCCGCGUCAAUCUGCAUUGCAAAUGUUAAGAUCAUGAAACUGCUCUUAGAUAAUGGUGCCAAUUUGAGAAAUGUGACUGAUUUGUCGUGUGUGCUUCAGAGUUGCGCGCUAAACGGAGGUGAAUCCUGUUUGGAGCUUAUGCUGCAGUGCUCGGAUGAUUUGCAAGGCACUAUAAAGGAAGUGAUGCUGAGUUCCAUCAUCGGGGACAACCUGGACUGUGUCAAGCUAUUGCUGAGGUACGGGCCUCACGUACAUGUUCGGAUGUAUGAGAGCAAGAGCAAAACCCUGCUACACGAAGCCGCACAGAGUGGGGCGCGCAAAUGCCUGAAAUAUCUUCUGGAGCAAAAGGCUAACGUGAACGCCAGGAACAAGGAUGGGUUGACCCCUCUUUUUUACGCCGUGCAGUCAAACGAACCUGAAAAUGUAAAAACUCUGAUUGCUCACGGGGCGGACAUACAUUUUCGUGACGGUAAGGGACUGACUCUGGCUAUGGUGGCCUCCUGUGUCUCCAUCCUGAAAGUGUUGUUGGAAGCGGGAAUCGACAUUCACGCCCAAGACCAGAGCGGCAAGACGGCACUGAUGCACCUGUGUGAGGAGAACGAAAUGGAGUGCAUGCAGACGCCAAAUUUACGGUUCUUGGUCAAGAAUGGCGCCCGCAUUGAUGUCACAGACUUUGAGGGUCGCACGGCUCUAAUGUACGCAGCCAUGCACGGCAGAUUCAAAAACUUGAAAAUUUUGCUGAAAAAUGGGGCGAGCAUCAACCGUCUAGACGACAAAGGAGCCUCAGCACUGGAGCACUGUGUUCAGCAAGGCUUAGAACAUGAAUACAAAAGACUCUUUCACAAAGGGUCCAAGAAAUGUAUCGGAAUAUUGCUCAAACACAUGCCUUUAUCUUCGGAGAGCAGUGUGAUUGCCAUAAAAGCUAUGGUGUCGUUGUUGUUCAACCGAGAGUGGUACCACCCAGAGCGGGACGACGACCCGGUCACUGGCUACGUCAUGGAGUACCUACCGCCGCUUUUUGAGUUCAAAGACAAAUUCCCGUGUAUGCUGUCGUGGUGCCGCGACGAGUUCGCUCGCAUUGCAGCGCAGGGUGUGAGAGACACGGUUCGCUUCCUUCUGUUGAACGGUGUCUAUCCCAGAUACGGGGUCCUGGUGAGAGACUUCAAAAAUCCUCCUGUGUCCGUCUGUCCUGCCACCCUGAAGUAUUUCAUCAUCAACGACCUGCUCGACGAGGCCGAUCACAGCUAUCUCAGAGAGUUGAGGGCCACCUCCAGUUUUUCUCGCGGGGGGGCCUCCGGGUUGGCUGAGAACGAUGAUCUGGAGGGGCACGGUGCAGCAACCACCCGCGAGAGAUUCGCUUUUACAGAGAGGAACUCGGUGGACACGAUACUCCCCGUCCUCACCUCGCAACCGUGGCCGCUGGUGAAGCUCUGUCUGCGGACGUUGUCGGUCGCUCUCGGCAGCAGGGACGGGCUGGAGGAUCGCGUCCAGAGCUGUCAGGUCCCACCGCAGCUACAGAGGUUCCUGGCGCACCAGAACAAGUGCCUGCAGCUGUGCCCGAGCCAGUGGCACAACAUUCCCAUGGAGUCGGAGCCCAUGGUUUACGAGUCGCUCCCCAGGCCAAGGCCACUCAUCGAGCAGUGGCCCGCGGGCCAAGACUUGGACAAGUGUGGGUGCGGCCGGUGCGGCAAAAACGGACUCUGCUUCCGCGGCAUCGAGCUUGACGCUGAUCCCCGGGCCGUCCUGGUGCGGAGUGAAUGGGAUAUGUUGUUUGACGAGCUGGGACUCAAUCCUUCGGGAAGAGACGAUGAUAUUGACGGAGCCAGUUCUUUGGACACAGAUGAUCCUGAUGUCGUGCCCGACGAUAUGGACAGUGAGUGGGAAGAUGUGGAUAGUGAUGCAGAUGAUGAUGAUGACGAUGACGACGGUGGUUCAGAUGAUGGCGAUGAUAUUUCUGACGAUGGUGACGAUGCUUUAUUAGAUUGUGGUAUCGAUACUUCAGAUGAUGAUGUUGACGUCAGUUAGUUAAGCUGGGGAUGUAAGUGGUUCUCUGUUCUCUGAGCUCGAAUGAGGCGAAACCAAAGUCUGUUUUGAGUUUAAAAAUAUGUGAGGCAGCGGGGUGAAAUCAGGCGCUCGUCAAAAUAUAGAAAUCAGAGAAACAGGCAUUUUUCCUCAGUAUAGAAAUUUUUAUUGAAUUUUUUUGUUUUUGUGCUCAACCUCUUUUAUGUCGAUAUAAAAAUACAUUUCUGUAU